AUGAAUAAUAAAAGGAGUGGAUCCUGUCUAGUAUCGUGGUUAAAUAAGCAAAAAAAAAAUAAUGACAGUAUUACACAUCUCAAUGAAGUGGUUCCAAGUGAAGUCGAAGAUAAUUCACUAAGUUUACCAGCUGAAAAUGUAUCAUCAACUUCAAAUGAAAAUAUGGAUUUAAGUACAGAUUUCGGUGAUUAUUUAGAUGGAACAGGUUUAAGUGAUUACAAUAAAGUUAGACUUCUGGAAUUAUCUAAUAUUCCUGGAAAUGAUUUUAUUUACCCACAUAGUGUACACAAUAAAAAAGGUAAGAAUGAAAAAAGAUUCCUCAACAAAACUCAUUUUGAAAAGUUCAAUUGGCUUGUUUAUUCAAAAAAAGCCGGUGGCGUUUUUUGUAAAUAUUGUAUUUUAUUUGCUGUUAAAGGUGGUAAAGACAAAAAUAUAGCGUUAAAAACUCUUGUUACUGUACCAUUAACAAAAUAUGCUAAAAUACUAGGUAAGGAUGGUGAUCUCUCUAAACACAACCAACAUUUAUACCAUUUAAAUGCAGUCUCCACAAGCAAUGACUUUUUAAUUCGUUUUAAAAAUCCAGAAAAUAAAAUUAUAAAUUUAGUAAAUACUGGUAGAAUGAAACAAGUAACCGAAAAUCGUUUGAGAUUAAAACCCAUCAUUGAAACAGUUGUACUCUGUGGUCGUCAAAAUAUUUCGCUUAGGGGACAUCGUGAUCAAGGUGACUUGCUAUCCCUUAAAAAUCAUGAUGAUGCAUCAGUAGUAAAUUAA